AUGAGAGAGAUAAGAGAAGGUGAGGGAUCGGAAGCGGACCUGGCCAUCGACGACGGUGAUGGGGGUUUGCUGGGUUGUGCGAUGACAGGUUUGUUGGGUUGUGCAAUGGGUCUUUGCAAAGGGAUGGGUUCUGCGACGGGGUGUAUCUGCAAGAGGAGGGAAUUUUCAAUGGGGUGGGGCUUGAUAUCAGAUGGGGUGGGGCGCGGUGGUGGUCUCGAUGAUGGUGGGGGUUGUCGCAGUUGCAGUGGUUGUGAGGGUGGUGGUGGUGAUGGUGGUGAGGGUGGUAGAGGUGAUCGUAGCGAAGAUUGUGAAGGUGGUAGAGCUGGGGAUGGUGGAGGUGGCAGUGGUAGUAGUGGUGGUGGUGGCGAGGGGAGGGGAGGGGAGGGGGGGAGUUGGCUAAACGACGUCGUUUUGGCUAAACGACGUAGUUUUGUUGGCUCAGGUUUUAAAAAAGAAAAGAAAGAGAGAACAACCUCUAUUUUAACAGAGGCAGGCAGCCUGAUAAUCUCCUCCCCUCCCCCAAAUGAGUUUUAG